GAGGCGCGUCUCCCCGGCCCAGUCCGCGCCCGGCCCCGCGGGGUCGCCCCGGCCAGCUCCGAGGAAAAACUGCAUAGAAAAUCUAAUGGAUGAAGAUGAGAAAGACAGGGCAAAGAGAGCUUCUCGAAACAAGUCUGAGAAGAAGCGUCGGGACCAGUUCAAUGUUCUCAUCAAAGAGCUUAGCUCCAUGCUCCCUGGCAACACUCGGAAAAUGGACAAAACCACCGUGCUGGAAAAGGUCAUUGGAUUUUUGCAGAAACACAAUGAAGUCUCAGCGCAAACGGAAAUCUGUGAUAUUCAACAGGACUGGAAGCCUUCAUUCCUCAGUAAUGAAGAAUUCACCCAGCUGAUGUUGGAGGCCCUGGACGGCUUCAUCAUCGCAGUGACGACCGACGGCAGCAUCCUCUAUGUUUCUGACAGUAUCACGCCUCUCCUUGGGCAUUUACCGUCAGAUGUCAUGGAUCAGAAUUUGUUAAAUUUCCUUCCAGAACAAGAACAUUCAGAAGUGUAUAAAAUGCUUUCUUCCCAUAUGCUUGUGACAGAUUCCCCCUCCCCAGAAUACUUAAAAUCUGACAACGAUUUAGAGUUUUAUUGCCAUCUUCUCAGAGGCAGCUUGAACCCAAAGGAAUUUCCAACUUAUGAAUACAUAAAAUUUGUAGGAAAUUUUCGCUCUUACAACAAUGUGCCUAGCCCCUCUUGUAAUGGCUUUGACAGCACCCUUUCAAGACCCUGCCGGGUGCCGCUAGGAAAGGAGGUCUGCUUCAUAGCCACCGUUCGUCUGGCAACACCACAAUUCUUAAAGGAAAUGUGCAUAGUUGACGAACCCUUAGAGGAAUUCACUUCAAGGCAUAGCUUGGAAUGGAAAUUUUUAUUUCUGGAUCACAGAGCCCCUCCGAUCAUAGGAUACCUGCCUUUUGAAGUUUUGGGGACCUCGGGCUAUGACUACUACCACAUUGAUGAUCUGGAGCUCCUGGCCAGGUGCCACCAGCACUUGAUGCAGUUUGGUAAAGGGAAGUCCUGUUGCUACCGGUUUCUGACCAAGGGCCAGCAGUGGAUCUGGCUGCAGACGCACUACUACAUCACUUACCACCAGUGGAACUCCAAGCCCGAGUUCAUCGUGUGCACACACUCGGUUGUCAGUUAUGCAGAUGUCCGGGUAGAAAGGAGGCAGGAGCUGGCUUUGGAAGACCCGCCCCCUGAGGCUGUCCACGCUUCGGCACUAAAGGACAAGGGCUCCAGUCUGGACCCUACGCAGCACUUUAAUGCACUUGACGCUGGCACCUUGGGCCUUAACACCAGUCACUCACCAUCAGUGUCCUCCAGAAGCUCCCACAAAUCCUCGCACACGGCCAUGUCAGAGCCCGCCUCCACCCCGAGCAAGCUGAUGGCAGAGGCCAGCACCACGGCUUUGCCGCGAUCGGCUGCGCUGCCCCAAGAGCUCCCCGUGCCAGGGCUCAGCCAGGCAGCCACCAUGCCGGCACCCCUGCCGGCCCCAUCAUCCUGUAACCUUACACAGCAGCUCCUGCCUCAGACCAUCCUGCAGAGCUCCCCUGCCCCCAUGACACAGUUCUCAGCACAGUUCAGCAUGUUCCAGACCAUCAAAGACCAGCUGGAGCAGCGGACACGGAUCCUGCAAGCCAACAUCCGGUGGCAGCAGGAAGAGCUCCACAAGAUCCAGGAGCAGCUCUGCUUGGUCCAGGAUUCCAACAUGCAGAUGUUUCUGCAGCAGCCAGCUGGCUCCCUGAGCUUCAGCAGCGCCCCGCGGCCCGAGGCUCCACAGCAACUCCAGCAGAGGUCGGCCCCCGGCUCCCAGUCCCAGCUCGUGGCCAGCCCCCAACUUCCAGGGCAGAUGGCCUCUGCCCAGGUGGCCAACCAGCACCUGCUCAGAGAAUCCAGUGUGAUAUCAACCCAGGGCCCGCGGCCAAUGAGAAGCUCACAGAUGAUGCAGGGCAGCGGCCACUCGGUGAGCACCCUGACGCCCCAGUUCAGCAGCGCCGCGGCCGCGCUCCCGCCAGCUCUGAGCCUGACCACGCUCGCUUCUGCCUCCCAGGAUGGCAGCCAGUGCCAGCCCAGCCCAGACUUCAGCCACGAUCGGCAGCUCAGGCUGCUGCUGAGCCAGCCCAUCCAGCCCAUGAUGCCUGGGUCCUGUGACGCGAGGCAGCCCUCAGAGGUCAGCAGGACUGGACGGCAAGUCAAGUAUCCACAGAGCCAAGCCGUGUUUCAAAACGCAGACAUGCGCACCACCAGCAGCAGCACCUCGCCCCCCGUCCUGCUGAUGGGACAGGCAGUGCCCCAGCCCAGCUUCCCCACCUCCCGGCAGUCACCCCUGCAGCCCGCACAGGCCCAGCAGCAGCCACAGCACUUCCUGCAGGUACAGGCACCAAGCUCUCUGCACAGUGAGCAGCAGGACUCACUCCUUCUCUCCACCUACUCGCAGCAGCCAGGGACCCUGGGCUACCCCCCACCCCCGCAGCCCCCACGCCCUCCCCGAAGGGUCAGCGGCCUCUCCGAGUCCUCGGGCCUCCAGCAGCCACCCCGGUAGUGCCCUGGAGCCUCAGCCCAGGCACAAUCAGCUUUAACCAAUGGACAGACCAUGGGGGUGGCCAGAGGAAUUGGGGAGAGGAGUUUAAACCCUCGGCUUUUGUGCACACUGCAUACAUUUCAGAACUCCUGGAAGCUAACCGUCUCCAGAGAGCAGUGGCUGGCAUGUGGAAAGUGAUCAGGAUACUGGCCGUGUUUCCCUUGCCUCUGUUUCUCGGGCACACUCUACAGCCAGACUCGGACAGGAACCGAGGGCCCCACGUAAGUGUCGUUACUCAGUUUACUCAGCAGAUGGCACGUCUCGCUGCGUCCCUCCCGAGAGCGCACGGGUCCCUCUAGCCGGCUGUGGUCUGUCCACACCUGCUAGCUGCUGGCCUUCACUCUCUUGAUCCUCUUUCCUUGGCAUUCGAGAAGCACUGGGUCAGAGAUCUGUUGAAGAGAGAGAAUAAAAAGAUUAUUUUUCAUUA